AUGGCAGAAGCCUUUGGUCUUGUGGCGAGUGUCUUCGCAACUAUUCAGAUCGUGGAUAGAGUAGUAUCACUCUGCAAGCACUACAUCGAGCACGUCCGGGAUGCACCCUCCGAUCUACGCACGAUCCUCGUCGAAUGUUCCUCAGUGGGAGCAGUCUUGCAGAACGUCGAGUUCCUCCUCAAAUUCGAAGAACCAGACUCGGCUUUGCGAAAAGCUUUGGACGGAGAUGCAGGGCCUGUUGCAGAAUGCCAUGGCGCCAUCGAACAGCUGGAGAAGUUGAUCGCCUCUGACCAAAACCAGGCACAAGGGCCCCCUGAUUCGAAGAGAAGGAAAGUGCAGGUCACUCUGAGGAACUUGGCAUGGCCGUUGAAGGAGACGAAGGCCAGAAAACUGCUCCAAGACGUUGCACGGUGCAAAAAUACAAUCAGUCUCGCUUUAACCGCAACAUCCAGUCAUGACAUCAAGCUCAUACGCGAGGGAACUUCACGCAUCCAGCAAGUUCUGACUGAAAACCAACGAAACGAUGUGUACAAGUGGCUCAGACAUACUGACCCGUCAUCAAUUCACCACCGAGCUUGCACAAAUCACGAACCUGGAACGUGCGAAUGGAUGUCACGUACUCCAGAGUGGGCCCAGUUCAGUCAAGGAGAUGUGCGAUGCCUGUGGAUUCAUGGCAUCCCGGGAGCCGGCAAAACUAUCUUGGCUUCACAACUGGCUGAGAAAAUCGAAGAGAAUUGCCGACAGUCUACUUCAAGUGACUCUGUGUCGAUUGGACUUCACUACUACUGCUACUUCGGGCACAAUCAGGACGAGUCAGCUCCAUUUUUAAGAUGGGUCCUUGAGCGUAUGUGUAGGAAGGCAGAUCAGGUCCCAGACCAUCUUUGGAAGAUGUUUAAGGAUGGCAGGGAUCCUAGCCUCAGCGACCUGUUCACUGCUCUUGAGGCCGCCUCACGCUACUUCAGCAGUGUUCACAUCACGAUUGACGCUAUCGACGAAAGCACUUCAAGAGAGCAGCUUCUCAAGGUCUUGCGGGAUCUCGCCACCGACUUCAGAUUCUCAAAUAUUUGCCUCUUGGUAACAAGUCGCGAAUACAUGGACAUUGAAAAAGUGAUGGAAGAGAUUUCGACGGGACUUUCCAUGCGAAACGAGUAUCUCGAUGCUGAUAUACGUCUUUAUACUGAAUCUCGACUCGCUACCAAUGACAAGUUGAAGGACUGGACAGAAGAUGUACGCCAAGAGGCUCUAGAGGCCUUAUGUAUUGGCGCAAAAGGAAUGUUUCGGUGGAUCGUGUGCCAGCUUGAUUCCUUACGACGAAUCAAAGGGAACAAGGCAGCCAUCAUGAACGAAUUGAGAAACCUCCCAAAAACCCUCGACGAAGCAUACGACAGAAUUUUCGAGGCCAUACCUGAAGAAAAUCUACAAGUUGUAGUUUCGGCUCUUGAUUGGAUUUGCUUCAACAACAAAGUUUUCGGAAAUGAGUCGAUGAGCUACGACGUAUUGGUUGGAGGAAUCCAAAGAGACUUCACUCAGCAAAACCCCUGUGCAAAGGACUACCGCUACGAUGUCGAAUUUCUUCGCGAAUUAUGCGGAUGUCUCAUAACUGUCACGGCAGACGACUUUUACCUUGAUGAAGAACCGGAAAUUUCAUUUUCGCAUUACACUGUCAUGGAAUAUCUGGGGACAUCGAUCCGUUUUAGUACGAAAUAUUGUUUUCGCCUAGACAAGUCCACAGCCCUAAGCGAACGAGCGAGCGCCAUUUUCUCAGAGGCAUUUCAGUACAAGAUUAACGGGACUAGGACUCUUGAGAACGAUGAAAUUUCUCGGACCCUCGCAUGGCGGCUCGACUUUGGAACAUAUUGCACUCUCGCAGCCAUAACAAUGAUCAGUGACUGUGAAGAGUAUCUCCUACAGAAUAAGGAGCUUGUUCUCAUGCUUACAACUCCGCACCACUCAAGAACACAUCCUUUUGACACGUUUCGUAACUUGAAACUCUUAGAAAACGGGCCUAGUAUCGUGGAAGGGCUCGUCGAGGACUACAGGCUCGAGUGUGCUUAUUCGUGCACGCAAAAUGUAUUAUAUGCACCAUCACAGCCUGAGAUUCGGAUUUUGGUCGACUUCUUUCAAAUGCAAGCUUUCAAGCUAGCUGACUUCAUGCUACGCAAAGAAGGCUGUGGAAGGAAUCUUCUGGGGGCUACAGUACGCAUGGGUUUCCGAUUCGACGUAGGAAACAUUGAACAAAUAUUCCACCUUCCACUUAGCGAAUUCAUGGUGGGCACAGCUUCGGAUAUUUCCAUGAGAGGAGCAUUAUAUCAUAUCUUGGAGAAUUGGCACAAAGACAUCGACCUACGCUGUCUUCUGCCGAACUCUGUCGUUUUACAUGGUCAUGAGUCGUUCAUGAAAUGCGUUAUGGGUGGAGACUGUGAGACGACAUGCAGACUCGAGGACCUGCUAGACCUGGGUGCGAAAACAGAUGCACCAGACUUCGUAGUCACGCCAUUACAAAUCGCUGUCGCUUGUUUGGAUCAGGAUGGGGUGGAACUUCUGCUCGAGAAUGGCGCGAAACCAAACGCUAGAGGGAAUCCGGCUGCGAUGAAUCGGCCAGAGCACACCAUACUACGUGCAUGCGACCAUCUGAGUGGUAUGACGCCGCUCCAAAUAUGUCAAUCUGAGGCCCAAAUGCCUUGUCUACAGGCUAUCUCCGGCUGUGGAGAAUAUUUUGAGGCAGUCGUCGACCACCGCCUGAGAAACAUCAAGGAGAUCUCGGGGAAAAUCGAGGCUAUGCUUCUCCAAUAUGGUGCUACAUAA